AUGGCAAAUAGUGAGGUCCCUCGCUCAUCACAUGACUUUCCGGACGUACUGGAGCUGGGCUUGCCUUCCUCCAAUCGAAGUGUGGCUGACAUACGCGCAGAGACAGUACAGCUUGUCAGCAACUUCGGUGAGGAAAAGAUUGUGGGUAGGGGCUCUCUUGUCGAGGGUAAGUACCUCUUGCUUGAACAGCUACAUCCUACAUCAUGGGCUUUCUCUGGUGUUCCUGAGGACAGUGGCUCUACAGGCGGGCAGCUGCAGAUACAUCUGAAGCCAUCUGAUGCUGCUUCUGCGCAUGAAUCUGUUGCUCCUGCCACCAGAAGCAGCUGCUACGACAAUGGCGGUCUUGACCAGUCGACCACGUGGAAACAAACCAAUGGUUCUUGGAGCCGGACGAGCGAGCCACCCUACCUUUCUUCUGAACCUCGUUCUAGACCGCUGCUUCUCCCUCCUGACAAAGGGGCAGCAAAAGCUACAACAGGAGCAACAGGAGCAGCUCUUGCAGCAGCGGUAGUCUCUGUACGCUUCGAUGUGGUCGUCUCCCGGCAGGCAGCGGUCAAAUCCCAGGGUUUCUGCAUUGAUCCUUCCAUGUAG